GAGCCAUCGGAUUGGUUCACGUCGUUUCGACCAUGGAUACAGUCGUGGAAUGUAUGAUGGAAGAUCAAGUUAUGAAGAAUCGACACUGCGUCGAAAGCUCUUCACGCGUCGUGACAAGCUCCAUGCAGUGGAAAUCAUCGGCGCCUCGGUUCGAUGACGGUCAUGAACAAGCAGACGACAUGAUUCGCUUGGCUCCGAGUGUACAAGUUCGAUCAACCAGCAACCACAACUUCCCAUCGACGAAAGUGACGUCGCGUCGAAACAUAAAGCAUCCACGGCUGGCUCAUCUCGGCACGUAUCACAUUCUCCGUGAGUGGGCGGCUAAAGUCAUACAGACGAGAUAUAGCCACUUCCGCCAAAAACGAAUGCUCUUGACGCGCCACGUUGAAGCGAUAAAGGUGUCACAACGCGCGAUCGCAUUCGACAUUAUGGAACGGUUGGUGGGCGAUUUCAUUCAACUGGAGUUCAUUCCAGACCUCCUCAUCGAUAUCUUUACUACUGGAAUCGACGAGUAUACGCCGCAUCCCGUGGAAGUGCAAGCCAUGCACCAGUUUUACCAUGCACUUGUGCAAGAAGUUGUGCUUGACAACGUCCGGGACAUCGCGACGGCAACUGUCGAUCGUCUUGUGGCAGCGUAUUUCACAGCAGCAACGAAUGAUGCAAUCAUGCAAGCCACCACAACCCAACAACUUCAACAUCCAUGGCUACGACUGGUUACUUUGUUUGUCCACGACUGGAUAGCGCCAUUUCUACGCGAGAUUGUCGUCGAGGGAGUGGACGACUUGGUGAACCAGUACUUGACGGCAAAACAACAUUACGCGUUCUUGGACACUUGGAUGCAUCAAAUCAUCGCCGAAACAGCCGCUUCGAUCCAUCACGACAUACAACUUGAUGCAUUCUUCGACACAUUGUUGCACGACGUACUGUCGUUACGGCUAUUUUGAUAUGACUGUACAGUGUCACAUAUAGAUAAUGGUUGUAGGUCAUGCAAAGCCAACUGGUCGACGUCGUCGCGUCGGAAGUUGCGCUCGCUCAAACUGCCAUCAACCAAGGAAUUCAACGACGAGAACGUGCCUUGAUAUCCGAUACUGCGUCCGCCAGCCUUCUCGACCAUGCCAUGCUUCGAGGUCUGCUCGAGUUGUUGGCCCUAAAAGCAGAUCGCUUGGCGUUCAAGGACUCGUGUGAUCAACUCCUGCAAAUGAUGAUGCUCAAGCAAAUGCUGUCCCUGCAGAAACGCCAGGCCGAGCAGGAGGCCGUGGUGCGAUCGAGUGCCGUGUUGGUCGCGUGCCAUAACCAGUGCUUGCAAGCAGGCCUAGGUCAAUUGAUCUCUGGGCUGGUGCAACGUGGAUGGGACGACUGGGAAAACCGAAUACACAUGGACGAACUCAACGAGACUGCGGCGGCGGCUGCUGCUAUUGCACUGCGUAAUAGUACCAAACAGCCCAGUUAAACGUUACCGUACUUUAUAUCGGCGCAAAUUCUGAAGAGGAAAUACAUGAAGGCCGCGGAUAUAGUGCUUACUGAUUGCUGGCUAAGCGUAUCACGAUGGACAUUUGAUAUUCGUGACAAGUUGG